GGGCGUGCCGGCUGCAGCCUGUGGGCUCGGGCUGUCGGCUGAGGCUCCGCCUGUGCGGGUGCCUGGUCCCGCCCCGGGCGGCGAGGGCUGCCAGGGCUGCGGUGGCCGAGUCCGCGCCCCGCUCCGGGUGCGCCCGGAUCGCACGGGGAGUCGCGCGGCUGCGGGGCGCGCGAUGACGGCAGCCAGGGCCGAGGCGCCAGGUAAAGGGCUGAUAGAGAGCCAGAGCCUUGCUCUCAUGGGUUCAAGUCACAUGAGCCCAGGGACAAAACUCAGGGCUCCUGGACCUGUCAACUCUCUUGUAAUGGAGUUUCCAAGGAAACGCAAAGGAAGUGAUUCCGAGUCGGCCCAGGAAGCUCACAGCCAGACAGAAAAACGGCGGAGAGACAAGAUGAACUAUCUGAUUCAGGAGCUGUCAUCUAUGAUCCCUCCACUCAGUCCCGCUGCCCGAAAACUGGACAAGCUCAGCGUCCUGAGGAGGGCGGUACAGUACUUGAGGUCUCUGAGAGGCAUGACAGAGUCUUUUUUAGGAGAAAAUUCUAGACCUUCAUUUAUUCAGGAUAAGGAACUCAAUCACUUAAUCCUCAAGACGGCGGAAGGCUUCCUGUUUGUGGUUGGGUGUGAAAGAGGGCGGAUUCUCUUCGUAUCUAAGUCCAUCUCCAAAACCCUGCAGUAUGAUCAGGGCAGCUUGGUGGGACGGAAUUUGUUUGACUUUUUACACCCCAAAGAUGUCGCCAAAGUAAAGGAACAGCUGUCUUGUGAUGUUUCACCUGCAGACACCAAAACCUCUCUGCAGGGUUAUAGCCAAGGCCACCCCGGGCGACCAAGCGUGCAUUCUGGCUCCAGACGGUCUUUCUUCUUUAGAAUGAAGAGCUGUAAAAUCCCCGUCAAAGAAGAGCUUCGAUGCUCACCCUGCUCAAAGAAGAAAGACCACAGGAAAUUCUACACCGUCCAUUGCACCGGAUACUUAAGAAGCUGGCCUUCGAGUGUCGUUGGCGUGGAGAGCGAGAGGGACGGUGAGAAAGGUCCUCUCACCUGCCUUGUAGCCAUGGGACGGUUACACCCAUACGCUGUCCCUCGGAAGAGCGGCAAGGUCAAAGUGAGGCCAACCGAGUUUGUGACCCGCUUUGCCAUGAAUGGAAAAUUCGUCUACGUGGACCAAAGGGCAACGGCAAUUCUAGGAUACCUGCCUCAGGAACUUUUGGGAACCUCGUGUUAUGAAUAUUUCCAUCAAGAUGACCACAGUAAUUUGACUGACAAGCACAAAGCAGUUCUGCAGAGUAAGGAGAAAAUACUUACAGACUCGUACAAAUUCAGAGUGAAGGAUGGCUCCUUUGUAACUCUGAAGAGCCAGUGGUUCAGCUUCACUAACCCUUGGACCAAAGAGCUGGAGUACAUCGUGUCCGUCAACACGCUGGUUUUGGAGCGCAGUGAGACCAGAGCGCCGUCUAUGCUUCGCUGCAGCUGGUCCUCGGAAGAUUCAUCCAGACAGUCCUGUGUCAGUGUGCCUGGCAUAUCCACGGGGACCGUACUUGGUGCCGGGAGCAUUGGAACAGAUAUUGCAAACGAGGUUCUCAGUCUACAGAGGUUACACUCCUCAUCCCCAGAAGAUUUAAAUCCUUCAGAAAUGGAGAGAGAUAACCACCGUGUGAACUGCGGGACUGCCGGCGUGCCCGUGUCCACGAAGGAGCACUCUUCACUGAGUCCUGAAACAGGGGGCCUGGAGUCUGCCAGGCAACACCAGAUCUCAGAAGCUGCCCAUAGUCACGGGCCACUCCUCGGUGGCACCGCCCAGCUGGAUUUUGAUACACUGUGUGACAAUGAUGACCCAGCUGUGGCUGCCUUCAUGAAUUACCUGGAAGCAGAGGCGGGUCUGGGCGACCCUGGGGACUUCAGCGACAUCCAGUGGACACUCUAGCAUUUGAACCGGAAA